CGUAUCUGAUAACAUAUCUGUGUUACCUUGCAUAUGCAUCACCUGCGCGUUUCUCUUUCGGAUCACUCCAGCUAAAUUUUGUUUCAGAUGAAUUACAUUGGACCACAUUAGCAGAUUUAUUCAGCUUGAUCCAUUAGAACAAAAUGUGGGUCUGCACCAAGUGUUUCCAUGCCAACAAUACAAAUGAUGCAUUUUGUACAAGUUGUAAAGCAGCAAAAAGAGAGGAUGAUAGGCCUAAAAUUCCCAUUCGAGAUGACCCAUCUUGCGGGAAGUGCAAAUCGCCAAUAGAUCCUAACCUUGGCAAGUGUCUGAAAUGCAAGAAGAUGGACUUGCGAAAAGUGAUAGCACGCCCAGUUCCUCGAGCCUUUACUGUCAGGGACACAGUGGAAGACCUCAGGGUGAUAUUGAUUGGCAAAACUGGUGGUGGAAAGAGUGCUACAGCAAAUACGAUAAUAGCUAAGGAGGUAUUUACUUCAAGUGUCUCCUUUUCAUCUGUCACAAAGACGUGCGAGUAUGCAAGUGGUGAACGGUUUGGCCGCGUGGUUCAACUGGUAGACACGCCAGGUCUGUUUGACACUAACUUGAAGAAAGAUGUGGUAGAGACUGAGAUCAAGAAAAGCGUUGCAAUGUCCUCUCCUGGUCCGCAUGCCUUCCUGUUGGUCACAUCCUUUACAAACAGAUUCACUGUCGAGGAACAGAAAGUUUUCAAGGAAAUCGACGGAAUGUUCGGAGAGGGAGUUACAAGGCACAUGAUUGUUGUCUUCACAAGUAGGGAUCAGAUUGACAAGAUGACCGUCAGUGAGUACCUUUCACGCGCCCCUGAAUGCCUUCAGCAGUUACUGAAGAGUGCAGGCGGAGGUUAUCUCAGCUUCAACAACAAAGGACAACAUGAGGAGAAGGAAGAAGAUGUCAAGGCUCUCUUUUCUCGAAUUGACCAGAUGGUGGCCAAAAAUGGAGGAGCUCCUUUCGCAUCCAGGAUGUUCCAACAGGGAGAGGAAAUGAUGAAGGGAACAAUCACCAAGACACUGAGGGACGAACAUAAGGACAUUAAGGAUGUAGUAGAAGAACAGCUUGAAGUGGAAAUGGAAGAAAAGAUAGCAAGGGAUAGAGAAUUCUAUCAGAAACUUCAGGAGGUAGAGCCCGAAACUGCAGAAACUAUGAAGAAAGAGAGGGAAGCAAACAGACUGAAAAGCCUCCAAACUGUUGCAGAGAUAGAGAAUACCUUGGAUGAUGUGGUGACGAAGGAGGUGGAAAUGUUGGUAAACAAAGACAAAAUAAUAAUUCAAAUGGAACAAAUGAGCGGGGCAGAACGAGUGAGGAUGCAGCGUGAACUGGCCGAUGCUGGGGAGAUCAUCAAGCAACUAAUAGCACAUAGAAAAAGAGCUGAAGUUUGGGUGAAAAAGGAACGGCUGACAUACUCAAACAUGUUAAUGUCACAGAUGAUUCGGGAGCAGGAACGAGAGAAAGUUAAAACUUGCGAUCGCGAUACUCUUCGUAACUUAAAGGCGGCCAUUGAGACCGUCCCAAACUUUCUUAGACUGUUCAGGGAUAACUGACAUUUGAUGACAAUUCCAAUGCCUUGUACGACAUUCAUUUGGGCUUUAUUUUAGACAUCAAGUAGCCAUUUUUAAAGAUAACUAAAUAGAGUUGGUGUCUUACUGAAACCAUUGGAGGUAAAGAAAUUACGUCAUUUGUUUUGCCUUCACUUCACUUUUACAAUACCAUGUAAUGUAAAUAUAAACGAGGAAACCCUUUCCAUAAAUCAUACGAAAUCUCUUCCUAAUGAAGUAGUCCAUCCGAUUAAAUCGCGAGCAUGUGUUUAUGAAUCACUAUCAAAUAGUGACGAAUUCGCGAUAAGGUGAGCACAUCCUUGCCCAUCGGUAUCACCUGUUACUACUAACACAUACAAAGAUAAGUGAACUGUUCACCUGAAGUUAGUUUCUACCCUUUUUUAAUUUCCACCUUUUGUUAUCUUAUUUUGUUGUCCUUACCUGCACAUAUAUACUGAACAGCAUUGAAAACGCACCAGCAAUAAAUCUUGAAAUAUUACAAAAACAAC